AAAAAUAUAUGAAAAUAUGUUUUAUUGCCGUGUCUGUGCCCCAUUUUUUUUUGAAAUCACCAUGUCCCAUGUCUGCAUCCGUAUCCAUAUCCGUGUCCAUGCUUUUUUGAAUAGAACUUAUCACUCUUUUAGGUAGAAACCACAAUGCCUAUGGUUGGAUCAAAUUUUGCAUCUUCUCACCUCCAGAUUGGUUGUUUGAUUACAUUAUUUAAUUCAAGUCUAUUGGCCUUUUCCCAGUAGCAUUACUUCAAAUUUAAUAGCCAAAGAAAGUGAAAGGACUUCCCCAACUAACCACCCACCAAAGAAAGGGAUGCAUCGUAGAUGUUCUCUAGUGGAACUGGAAAAAAGAGAAGAUACAAUCACAGAAGGGAGGGUCAUUUGUUAAACAAGUUAUUUCAUUACUCAGAUUCAGUAUGAAGUUACAACACACCAUGGAGCUCCUUAUAUUGACAGAUAGAAGCAUCUUAGAACACACAGAUACGACACCUACAUACUCUGUCAGGUGCAAUGCGCACAUAGUGUCAACACACCAUGGAGCUCCUUAUAUUGACAGAUAGAAGCAUCUUAGAACACACAGAUAGGACACCUACAUACUCUCUCAGGUGCAAUGUGCACAUAGUGUUGUCUAGCAACCGACAUUAGAAUACAUGACACUUAUUUACUACCACUAUCCACUCAGAUGUGCUGUCACACUCAGAGUACACCACAAUGGUUUGUUUUUUGCUUGAGUGGGAGAUAUAAAAGGAGUCAACAUGAAACUACUUUUUAUCUUCAAACCAUUUGAAUACUCUUUGAGAAGCUUGUGACCUUUGUGUGUAGUGCACACUCUCCUAAAUUUAUAAAUGAUAUAUCUACCUACUUUUGUGUGGAAUGCACACUCUCUUCUCCAUUUAUUAUUAACACCAUAUCUUGUAAGUAUCCAUUUUGUGAGUGUUUGAAGUGCACUCCUAUUCAGCACACCAUCUUCCCUAAGGGUGGUUGUCUGUUCAGACGAACUAAAGCCUUCUAUAUGAGAAGCACUUGCUGGUUAUAUUGCAAGAUUCGAAUCCCAUAGUUUUUAAUAAGACUUGAAAAAUAUCUGUUAGUACGUAUCGAAUCGGGUGUUUCUAUUUACACUACAAAUACAUUUUAUUACCUUUUAUUUUUACAUUAUGCUUGCAUAAAAUUACUAAAAAGGAUUUUAAAAUUUUGAAACUUUCAUUUCUCUACCCAUAGCUCCACUCUACACCAUGCCGCCACCCCUCUCCUCCCUGUCAUUGUUCUCUCUCCCUGCCACGCCGAACUCCUUUCCUCUUCACAACCACCCACUCUAACCCAUCCCUCUUUUCCAGCCACAACCUGUAACCCCCUCCCCUCUUGACGGCCCCAACCCUUCUCUACUUUGCCUAGAUCUGCAACCCCCAACCCCUCCCCACUUCAACCACUGUCGCCACCAUCCACCACCUUGAAUCCAUAGUUCACAGAGAGAGGAGAAAUGAGAGAGAAAAGGAUGGGUGUAAGGAGAGAAUUUAAGAUUAGGGGCAGGGAUAGAUAGGAUAUUGAGGGGUGUAAAGAGAUAAAUUCUAAAAAUUUUGAAAUGGGUGUAAAGAGUAAGUAGGUGUAAUGAGGCCAAUUUGUUGUGUAAUAGAAUGUCACUAUCAUAUUUGCAUGCUAGAUAUCAAAAUUACUAUGAAUAUGCAUAGCAGAUAUCAAAAAUCUGUUAUUGGAGACUGUAUUUAGGCCUAGAGUUAUUUUGGCUAAAUUAGCCAAUAAAGACAAAAUAGACUAAUUUAGCCAAUAAGACAAAAUGUCACAUCUAUAUCAUAAUCAUUUCACUUAAUCUCACAACUAUCAAAUCAACUACAAAAAAAAAAAAGAAAAAAAUCAAAAUUUAUUCCAAACACAACUUUUUUAGCCAAGUUAAAAUAACUAAAAGGCAAAAAAGUAAGGCUAAAUUAGCUCAUCUCAAAUGAGGGCUUAGAUAAGAAAAUUGCUACUGUGUGUGAUUGAAGAAAGCAGGAGAGAGGUCAAAUAAAAAUUUUGAUUUCAUUAAUUAAAACCCACCAUGGAGAUUUUGUGCUUUCUACACGAUUUGCUACUUUUGCAGCACUAAUGUCCACCACUAUCAGCACUAUUUACACUAAUAUGCUCUCUUUCUAUAUAUAUCGUUCAUGAGGAGUGUAUCUUCCACAAGCAACCACAAUCCUCCAUCUUCAUUCUCCCAUUUAUAGUUAAACUUAUGCCCUUUUCUUCAUGGCCGCCCCUAAUGAUGUCCAAAUUCCCAUUUCAAAGAAUGAAACUGACGGAGAGAACAACUUGGACUACUCUCAAAGGGCACAAUGGCUCCGAGCUGCUGUGUUGGGAGCCAAUGACGGGUUGGUGUCGAUAGCAUCACUGAUGAUGGGUGUUGGGGCUAUCAAAAAAGACUUUAAAGUGAUGGUCCUCACUGGCUUUGCAGGGCUAGUUGCAGGGGCUUGUAGUAUGGCAAUCGGAGAGUUUGUCUCUGUCUACUCUCAGCUUGACAUAGAAGUGGCUCAAAUGAAGAGAGAGAAGAGAAUGAAAGAGAACGGAGGGAAUGGAAGGGAGUUUGAGAAAGAAAAGCUACCAAAUCCAAUCCAGGCUGCUACAGCAUCGGCCCUAGCCUUUACAGUAGGGGCAAUAGUGCCCUUACUUGCAGCUGCAUUUAUUGAAAACCAUAGGGUGAGGCUUGGUGUAGUGGUUGCUGCAGUGAGCUUGGCAUUGGUGGUGUUUGGUGGCAUUGGAGCGGUGCUGGGAAAGACUCAUGUUGUGAGGUCCUGUGCUAGGGUUGUGGUCGGAGGGUGGAUGGCCAUGGCCAUCACUUUUGGGUUGACCAAGUUAAUUAGCUCUACUGGGCUGCAAAUGUGAUCCUCCGUUUUCAGUUUUCGUCCUCUCGUCAUAUUUCGGUUUCAUGUCUUGUGCCAAAUUUCUUGUAUUUAGUAUGAAAAAUGUGCAUUGAACCAUGUUUAUUUAAUAAGAGAUGAAACCGUUUCUUAACA